AUAGGUUAUAAAUAAAUAAAAUAACAAAUGUUGAAAGUUUACGUGUCAAACAAGUCUGUAUUUUUAAAUACAUCUGUGUCUUCCAACGCUCAUAGCCGCACCACGAGCAACAAACACUUUGCUAAUGGAACACAUCGAACACCAUGUGUGAAAAGACCGCGUCCAACAAAUGCUUUGAGGGUACCGUGGAGCAGUACUCGCAUCAGAGUGAUGUACUGAACUGCAAGAUGUCCUUCACUGUCUUCCGGCCCGCCUCCAAAGACUCGAGUGCAAAGCUGCCCGUCCUGUUCUUCUUGAGUGGACUCACAUGCACCGAUCAGAACUUCAUCACCAAGGCUGGUGCCCAGCGAGAGGCUUCCAAGCAUGGCAUUGUCCUGGUCUGUCCUGAUACUUCGCCCCGAGGUGCUGGUGUCGAGGGCGAGGAUGACAAGUACGAUCUAGGUACCGGCGCAGGCUUCUAUUUGGAUGCAACCGAGCCCAAGUGGAGCAAGCACUACAACAUGUACAGCUACAUCACCAAAGAACUGCCCGAACUCGUGCACAAAACGUUUGGUACCGAUCCCCAGAAGAUGAGUAUCAUGGGCCAUAGCAUGGGCGGUAUGGGAGCGCUGGCUAUUGCACUAAAGAAUCCCGGUGUGUACCAGAGUGUGUCUGUAUUCUCGCCCAUCGCGAAUCCCACGGCCGUAGAGUGGGGGCAGAAGGCGUUCACGGUCUACCUGGGCGAUGACAAGGAGAGUUGGAAGGCGUACGAUCCCUGUGAACUUGUUAAGAAGUACUCUGGACCGCCCAUGGAUAUUUUAAUCGACCAAGGGUUGGACGAUGAGUUCUACGUUGGCAAUGCUCUCAGGCCUGAGUCUUUCACCAAUGUGUGUCAGGAGGAAGGCAUCCAGUGUGCGCUGCGUCUCCACGACGGUUAUGACCACGGAUACUACUUCAUAUCCACGUUUGUCUCAGACCAUAUAGUACACCAUGCUAGGUACUUGUGCGAGUGAGCAGCAAAGAGUUUUGAGCUUGGUAAUAGUUAAAAUCGAAUGCAUUUCUCGCAAGGUAGAAAGUGCGCCUGAUUCCUUGAAUAAAGGGAAUGUAAAGUAAGUACUUAUAUGGAAGCUCCCUGAGGACAUAUAGCAGUGUCUGUUUCAUCCUGAAGCAUUAUAUUUAUAGCUCAUAUAUUUUUAGAAGGCUGCGCAUAAAUAUAUUUCGAGCUGG